AUGAAUUUUCUCUCUGUUAACAUUAGAGGUUUAGGGGAAGGGGAUAAGAACAAAGCGGGGUGGAUAAAAAACUUGAAAAGUGAGAAUGGUAUUUACUUCAUCGCGUUGCAAGAAAUCCAAUUUAGUGACGUUUCAGAUAAUGGGUUAAGAGAAUAUGAAAUGAAAGGUAGGAAAUUCACUUAUCUCAAUGAGAUUGGUAACAAACAUAGCAAGAUUGAUAGAGUCUUGGUCAGUCAUGAAUUCUUUUCGGAAUGGCCCGUGGCUUGUCUUCGGGCGUUGCCUAGAUUUCUCUCGGACCAUUGCCCUCUUGUCUUGACUUGUUUGGAUAAGAACUUUGGUCCAAAACCGUUUAGAUGUCUCAACUCGUGGUUGGAGAGAAAAGAUUUCGAUGAGGUGAUUCAAAAAGCGUGUGAUAAUUUUGUUGGGGUCGGGGAGUCAGAUGUUCGUUUAAUGAAAAAAUUAAAGGAGAUCAGGGAGGCUAUUAAAGUUUGGAAAAAAGAGGUUCUAUCCAAAGAUGGGGAAAUGGAAAUGGCUCUUAAGGAAGAAUUAGACAUUUUGGAUGAGAUGUCGGAAGGGAGAGAAUUAUCAGAGGAGGAGGAAUGGACCAAAAUGGAAUGCCAAAAAGGUAUAAAGGAUCUCGAAGGUUAUAAAAUUAAAGAUCUUAAACAUAGAGCUAGAGCUAGAUGGGACUUGGAAGGCGAUGAAAACUCUACGUUCUUUCAUGGGUAUAUCAAAAGUAGAAGGGCUUUCAACAAUAUUCUGGGCCUUAUGAUUGACGGAGUGUGGACCACUAAACCUUCUUUGCUCAAAAAAGAAAUAAUGGGAUUCUUCAAAAAAGCUUUCGAGGAAAAAAUCAAAGAUAGACCAAAACUCACAUGUCAUAAUGUUAGGCGUCUUUCGGAGGUUGACGCGGCAUCCCUGACGACUCCUUUUAGCAAAGAAGAAAUAAAAAAUGCGGUGUUUGAAUGUGGGUCUGACAAAGCUCUAGCGCCGGACGGUUUCAACUUAAAAUUCGUCAAAAGCAAAGGGACUACUGCGGUGGGAUGUAGCUCUUCUUUCAUAACCCUUAUCCUUAAAAAUAAAGAUCCGGUGGGGCUGAGACAGUACAGAACGAUCAACCUGAAUGGUGUGAUUAGCAAAACUAUCUCCAAAAUUCUAGCGAAUCGCCUCAAAAGGGUCAUAGGGACCAUCAUUUCGAAGAACCAAACGGCGUUUCUUAGAGGGAGGUACAUUUUGGACAGUCCGUUAAUUCUUAACAAAAUAAUUGCAUAG